AAGAAAAGCUUUACUAUCAUCCCAUAGGCUUGAGUUUCCUAGUCCUGUUGACACAAGAUGGUAUUAUAGGGCUCAUUUCAUCAAUGUCUUGCAUUCUAACUAUGAGAAACUGAUAGACAUAUUUGAAAAUCUUACUGAUAAUCCAAUAGGUUGGGAUAAUGAAAUGUUAAGUAAGGUUACUGGUUUACUUGGCUACCUUAAUGGCUUCUUGUUUUGUUUCUUGGUACUUGUUUUCCAGAGAAUUCUUGAGCAGUCAUCCAUACUUUAUUCUAUCUUGCAAGACAAGGACACUGACUUUCAUUAUGGAGUGAGUAGGGUUGAGAGAUUCAAGGCCUUUGUUGCUUCUCUGAGAAAUGAUACAGAAUAUUGUCAGGUGUACGACCUGGCUGUUGAGAAAGUGGGACCACCAGUAACCAGGAUUUCCAUUCACAAAGACAUACUGUCAGAGAAAGAAGACGCCAACACAUUGCAUGAUGAGGUAUUCAUAUAUGGCUGAUAGCAAGCUGAUGAUGUCUUACGUCCAUGGCAUGUGAGAAUUUUUCCGGGAACUUUUUAAUGCAGUCAAUGAUGAUUGUCAUUUCAGCACGACAAUGAACGGCAUCACAACUUUUGAAAGUUGUUGAUGACAAAUCCGAGCCUUUUUCGGUUCUUUUGUCAAAGUUUCUUUACAAGAUGUA